CCGGAUCAUGGACACGGCCACGCUCGGCACGUUGGAACCAGGUGCACAGAUGAGGCAAGAAGCAACCAUUGGUAGUGAUGACCGAGUGGAGGACGUCGAGGAUCAGUUGUCAGACUCAUCGGACGCCUCGAACGCAUCCGUCGAGAGCUAUUACAGCAACCCCGAGGCAUAUGCAACAGACGAGGUCUUUCACGACGAACCAAUGGCAUCGGUUGGCUUCGGCCACAGCAGCAGCUUCGUCAACGUGCCCAGCCUGCCCAUAUUGCCGCAGAUGGUCGCUGCCAGUGCAUCUGACGAGUCACGGGCAGGGUCUAUCGAGAGUGUUGCGGCUGUUGCUGCUGCUGCAGUUGGCGGCCGACGGGAUGGUUCCAAGAGUGAGGAGAGGGGGAAGGGAGGAGGUGUGGCCGGGCAGAGGCGGCGGGACAAGGCGCAGAGGAGGAGGCCGCCGCUGCCACCACGGGCUGAGCAAGCGGACCGGUCAUCUCUAGCCGCCCGCAGUGAGGCUCAGGAUGCAACGGCCAAAGAGGUGGUGCCGGUCGCCCCUCGACCAAGAUCAGCUUACACCCCUUCUGUGUCGUCUUCAUCAGCACCAGCACCAGCCCCCGUCUUCCAAUUCACAGCCGCCGGCAGCAAAGCGACAGCAGAAAGCGAUGCUGCUGGCGAUGAGGGCCCGGCAUUGGUCGUCACGCCAUCGCCUUCCCUGCUGUCGGCCUCUCCACUGCACGUGAGUGACGGCGGCCUCCCUUCCCCCUUGGCGGCAUCCUCGAACCACUCUGACACGACGGAACUGCACCACAGCCAGGAGGGGACGCCAGUGACGGCCCAGCGUGACCCAAGCUCAGCCCCGCCGUCCCCGCCUCCAGUGGUGGUGAGGGGACCACCCAUGGAAGUCAAGGCUGUGUACUCGACCGACAGUGUGGCCACUGAGGUCCACGUAGCCACUGUGCAGCAGCCACCUGAUGCACAGCCGCUAGACCACCUUCAGCAGCAGACGCAGGCGGGAGGGAGAGAGGAGCUUGGGAGGGAGGACGACGCCGCAGUGGUGGAUCACGUGCAUCCUCCUCCUCCUGUGCUGUUCCCAUCGAACGGCAGCACGAGUGUGUCGGACACAUCAGGGACCGCAUCAGGCAGAUCGCCCACGUCUGUCACGCCGCCAGUCUUCACUCUCCCUGCCGGUGAGCGAUCCAUCCACACCACACAGACACGUUGAGAGGACUGGAGGGAAGUUCUCAUUGCUGCUGCAGAUAAGAGCGGCAGCAAGAGGAAGCGUCCGCCGCCGAUCAUGAAGGGCCCCAAGACGGCCGACGACUCCGUCCACCCAAUGCUCCCUCCCCUCUCCUCGUCCUCACUCGAAGUGCGCUCAGCGGCAUCGUCGCCCACCCCUCAACGCCUCGGCCCCUCGUCUGCCUGGGACCCUCACCCCCCAGACGCACCACCCCACUCCACACCAUCUGCGGCAAUCCACCCAGACCUCGGCAGUGCGCGCGACCGGUCCGUCGAUGUGUACGUGCGUCACGAUGCCCCGCAGCCGCCAUGGAUGGCCAUUCGUGAGUCCUCCCCUUGCUCACCCAACCGCAGCGGGCCCAGCCCCUCGUCAGACUUGGGUAGGCGGCUGCAAAGGCCGGUGGUGGAGCACGUGGACGGCGGAGGUCUCACAGCAGCGACACGUACAGCCCCGGACGACAGGCCGCCCUUCACCCCCUCCAACGCCUCUUCUCGCACCCCUCGGCGCGCGGACGAUGGCUAUGGCCACACGGCGCCCCUCACACCUCCCAGUCAAGCGGCUGGCGCGGCGGCCCACACCACCCCCUCCACCCCUUGGCGCACGGCAGUGCUGCCCGUGGCCACCACGUCUGACGUCUCGCCCUGCCGCAGCCUCAAGAGGCCUCGCGAGGAGAUCUCGCGAGCGAGGGAGGCACGGCCGAGCACAGAUGCGCGGCCACAAGGCGAGAUGAAGCCUGAUGCGAUGCAUGUGAGGCGGCAUGUGGGCGUCACCGCCGCUGUGGCUGCGUGGCGGCUGCGGACGGUGUGGGAGUGGUGGCUGCUGCUCAAGUCGCUGGCGGUGUUCUUGGUGGAUGAGAUAUGCAGCGGACAGGGGCCGCCGUGGAGCCCCGGGCGGGUGUUCCCGCAGUGGCUGACAAUACAUGUGCGGUCAGCAACGGAUGGGGCGGGGGAUGGUGGGGAGGGUGGUCAUGUGGGUGCUGCCGCGGCCAAGGGCGAGGGCAGUGCGAGGCUGACAAGGCCGUCACUGAGCGAGCGCGUACCUCAGAACAACCUGCAUCACCUGCAAGCUUUUGCGCUGAAGCUGGAGAAGCUCAUGGGCGUGGGCUUCUUGGUCUGCCUGGACACACUCGUCUACGAACUCACCUUCAUGCCCAUACAGGUGCACACACUUUCACACACGCACAUCACAUGCAUAGGAACCUAGCCUCGUUUCAUGCCCCUGCUUCCUUUGUCUUUGGUCUGUUGUGUUUGUGUGUCCAUCAUCAAAUCAGGCGUGCCGUGCCUUUGUCAAGAUCCUGACUGCAUGUUGGUCGCAUGCGCUAUCGUCAGUGGAGAGGCUGCUGGACAGCGACCUGGCCUUCCACGGCCGCAGGCACUCGCACGCUCACCCGACCACCAGUGGCGGUGGUGGUGGUGGUGGUGUGGGUGUGAGUGUGGUGGUGACGGCUCCCGAGGCGUGCGACCUGACUCGGUUUAUCGCUUUGGUGCUGAGUGUGUUCAUCUUCUCGUAUGUGGACAUCUCCCGGAUAUACCACUACAUUCGGGUAGGUAUGUCACGUCACACAAACAGACACACGCAGAGGUGUCCAUUCAUUCAUCCAUCCCAAUCAAUCAGGGUCAGUCGCUGGUCAAGCUGUAUGUGCUGUUCAACAUGCUCGAGAUCUUCGAGCGCCUCAUCCGCAGCCUCGGCAGGGACCUCAUCGACUCACUCAUGAAGCAAAUCACACACCUCACCGAAUGCAUCCAGCAGCAACACCAGCACACCGAGACUGCCGCUGUCCCUCCCACACCAGCAAUGAAUGGCCUCAACAAACCACCGCCAGCCCCACCCGAUGAGCAGCGAGCCGAGCCGGCAGUGGUGAAUCAGCUGCCACUUGCGGGUGGGGCAAGGCGGCUGUCCCUGUCGACCACGCUAGGUGUGUGGUUGGCGGCCGUGUGUGAGCGGCGAGAGGUGCAGUGGGCCAGGAGGGGGCUGCGGGCGGCCGGGCAGCUGCCACUGAUGCAGUUCACGGUUAGCUGACUAUUGUGAGAUAAAGACAUCAGAAUGAAUGAAUGAAGGCCGGAAGGUGUGUGUGUGUGUGUGUGUGGUUGGCGCGGAGCAGCUGGUGCUCUUAUAUGUGGUGCUGCACAGCCUGAUGCACCUGAUCCGUGUGCUGUCGCUCAACGUGGCCAUCAACUCCUCCGAGUCAGCCAUGUUCCUCAUCGUCGUCACCAACAACUUCGCAGAAGUCAAAUCAACCGUAGGGCAAUGCCUGCCUGCCAUACCGAAGACGCAUCAAUUAGCGAUCCCCCCCUCUGUGUGUGUGUGUGUGUUCAGGUGUUCAAGAAGCAGACGGCUCUGUCUCUGUUUGUGAUAGCAGCGUCCGACGUGGUGGAGCGGUUCCAGCUGUGCUGCGACGCCUUCCUGGUCUUCCUGCGGAUGUCGACCUCCACACGCAGGCCGGAAGCCUCCUACGGGGACGCACUCAAAUGGCUGGUCCGUGUCCGUCAGUCAGUCAGUCAAUGAAUGCGGGCUGCGCUGGGCGGCACACAUGCAAUACAGGCCAGGCACACACCACAGGCGGAUGUGAUCGGAUGUGUGUUGUGUGUAGGUGAUAGUGUUUGUGCUGGAGGUGAUGGUCGACUGGGUCAAGCACGCCUUCCUCCUCAAGUUCAACCACAUACCGGCUGAGGCCUUCGACCAGUACAGAGAGGCCGUCCUCGCUGACCUAGUGCUCUCACGCCAAAGGCCACCCGACACCGGUGGUACCACUACCACUACCACAACUGACCCCCCACAGCGGCACCAAUAUCACUACCAGCAGCAGCACCACCACCAGCAGCAGCAGGCGUCUCAUCAGCUGGCCCACCGUGGCGCAUCUAUGGCUGACAAGGACGGCAAGGGCGGUGGUGGUGGUGGCGGUUUCUGUGUGCCGUGCCAGUCGGUCUACUCAUACUCACACAUCCCAUCACGGUCAGCAGUGACAGACAGAGGGAGGGAGGGAGGGAGGGGUGAGGAACGAUACGAUUGGGAGUGUCUCUCUUGCGGUGUCUGUCAUUUUGCUUACAGUCGUCUGGGUUUCAUGGCUUUGCCGGUGAGCACCCUGAUGAUCUGGUGUGUGCCGAGAGUGCGGUGGAGCAUACCCCUCGUGUGCCUUGGCGCCACGCUGCUCUUUGUGUGCCUCUUCCUCGUCAAGGUAAACAAGGUGUGUCACAUCACACACCCACGUCACCUACACUACACCACCCACACAGGCUACAUCGCCACGCCAUCCGAUGGAUGGACCCACUUGUCCAUAUGGUGUGUAUGGUGUCUCUAUCGUUAUGUGUGAUGUACCGUACAGGUGUUGCUGAGCAUCGGUUUGGUUGCGUUUGCGGCCCGUCGGCGGCAGUGGUGCCACCCUGAGGGCCUGGCCAACUACAGCGCUCUCUGAAGGAAGCAAGGGACAAGGGAUGCAUGGAUGGGGGAGGGGCAUGGAGGGGUGGAGGGAGGCUGACAAAGUAAGUGUUGGCUGCUGCUGCGGUGUGUCCACCGUGUGUCUUAUCGUCGUAAUGCUCCCUCUCUGCAGGUGUGUGUGGAUGUAUCUCUCUCUCUCUGUGUGUGUGUGUGUGUAGUUGUGAGGGAAGGACAAUGAC